UCAGACAGAGGAAGAAAGAUUUCACAACAAGCUAUAGACUUUAAAAAACUGACUGAAGACAGAGAAAAAAACUAAAACUAAAACUAAAACUAAAACUGAUUAACUGACAGAAAAGGAAACUAAAGAUUCAGGAAAAAUGAUUCACCAAAGAACUGACUGAUGACAGAGACCAAACCAUUACUGAGUAACUGACAUAACAUCUAACAAACUGACUCCCGAGUCACUAAAACAAAUAACUGAGAAUAUAAUAAACUGUGUUGUCGAGGUUUAACCAGCAGGAAGAAAUAGUAACUGAGGAGUGAAUCAUCUGGAAGCGGAGUCUGCUGUUGACCUACAGAACCACUGACGUGUCUGACAGGACCUCACUCCAUCAGUCCAUCAAUCCAUCACUUCUUCAGUCCAUUAGUUCUUCAGAGGAAAAUGGCUGUCACCUCACCGAAAGACAAGUAUUUUGGCGUGUGGUUGAUCUUCUUCCUGCUCGGUUUGGGGACUCUGCUGCCCUGGAACUUCUUCAUGACUGCUACCAUGUACUUCACCAGCCGUCUGAAGGACUCCUCACUGGUCAAUUCUUCAGCCAAUCAGACAGAGGCAGAAGGUGAACAUCGCAGCAUUCUGGAAGCCAAAUUCAACAAUGUGAUGACGCUGUGUGCCAUGCUGCCGUUGCUGCUCUGCACCUGCCUCAACUCCUUCCUGCACACACUUAUUUCUCAGCAUCUGCGCGUAGUGGGCAGUCUACUCGUCAUCCUGUUUGUCUUCAUCAUCACUUCAGUCCUUGUCAAAGUUCCUCUGGAGCCGCUGCCAUUCUUCUACAUUACCAUGGUGAAGAUUGUCAUCAUUAACUCUUUUGGGGCAGUGCUACAGGGCAGUUUGUUUGGGAUGGCCGGUUUUCUGCCAGCUUCUUAUACGACUCCCAUCAUGAGCGGUCAGGGACUUGCUGGAACCUUCGCUGCCUUUGCCAUGAUCUGCGCCAUCACAAGUGGGUCUGAACUUCAUAAUGCAGCAUUCGGUUAUUUCAUCACAGCCUGUUUUGUUAUUUUUCUGUCCCUCCUCUCCUACAUCCUGCUACCUAAACUGGAGUUUUUCCGGUUUUAUCAGGACAGAAACAGGAAACAGAGACCAGAUGAGCAGAACUCAGUGAAUCUGAUGAACACAGAGAGAAAAGAGGAACCAGCUGGUCAAGCUAGACAGCAGAACAUCUCCAUGGUGAAAAUAUUUAAAAAGAUCUGGCUGUUGGCUCUCUCCGUCUGUUUUACCUUCACUGUCACCAUUGGCACAUUUCCCGCAAUCACCGCCGACACCAAAUCAACCAUCGAUGACAGAGACUCGUGGGACCUGUACUUCAUUCCAGUCAGCUGUUUUCUGCUCUUUAACCUGUGUGACUGGGGCGGACGGAGCUUAACGGCUGUCUGUAUGUGGCCACAGAAAGAGAGCCUGUUACUUCCUGUGUUCAUCUUGUGUCGCCUGGUUUUCAUCCCUCUCUUCAUGCUGUGUAACGUCCAGCCUCGUCUCCACCUACCUGUCUUCUUCCACCAUGAUGGCUUCUUCAUCGUCUUUAUGAUCUUCUUCGCCUUCAGUAAUGGAUACCUGGCCAGUCUCUGCAUGUGCUAUGGACCAAAGAACGUUCUUCCUCAUGAAGCAGAAACAGCCGGAGCCAUCAUGGCUUUCUUUCUGUCUCUGGGUUUGGCUUUAGGAGCUGCUCUGUCCUUCCUCAUCAGAGCACUGGUCUAACUGGGAAUAUAUCUGGUUGUUA